GUUCACUUCUGCAUAGCUAUCUCGCGCCAUCUAUUCAUAUUGCAGAGCGUGCCCUUGACACUGGUGUCAGCAGCGUACGGAGACCACAGGGAGGGCAGGGUGGACAUGUCGCGGACAUCAAUGAAUUCGUCGCCGUGCCUCGAGGCCGCCUCGCCCGCGCCUCGUGCCCGCCGUCAUAAGAUAUCGAGGGUGCUUCCUGGCUCUCGCGCUGUCUGUGGUCGUCCAGCUGAUCUCUAUCUCGCCUCAGUCUACUCUCGGUUUAGUUUUGCCGUCUCUCCUCUAGUGUAUUUCUAGCCUCAUCCGACGUCGACUGACUGAUUCCGACGCGCUGCGCGACCUCAAGCGUCCCAUCUACAUCGAGCAUUCCAAUCACCUCGAGCUUUCCAUCCAUCUACCUCGUUCAUAUCCAACAUGCCGCUUUUCCGUGACCAUCCUGUGCGCUCGACUGCGGGCGUCGUGAUCGCACUGGCGAUCGCCCAUACGGUGGCGCGUGUCCUAUCUGCACCAGCCGCAUUCCACUACACCCAAGCGACGCUCGCCGUGCUCUCUAUCCUGGCGAUGAUGGUCUUGGUUACUCUACAUCACAGACGAGAGGGGCACCUCCUCACGCAGACGCAAGAGGAGAUGAUGCUGAUCGGCGGAUUCGGGCUCUUCUGGCUGGCGGCAUACAUGGGCUGGAGAGCCGUCCGCCAACGCAGUACUGGCGAUGCAGUCGCGCCUUCUACCGGCACCGGCGGUGGAGGGGCCGUCGGCAGCAGGGGUGGCUGGCCGUCACCAUGCUCCGGCAACGACUAUUACUGCAUCAUGGAGGAGUACACCUACUAUUAGGUGGGCACCCGAGUCAGGCGCUGGGCGCGGACAUGGAAUAUCACGAAUUUUUGUGAAGGCUGCGGGGAUUUUCGGCCAAACUGGGAUGCUUGACGACUACUCACUAGCCUGUAUUAUACAAAGUUCCGCAAGUGCUUCUAUUGA